AUGAGCCCUUCGCCAGUGGUCAACGUUGUGCGCUAUUCGGCCCUCGUAGGCGGCAUCGGCUACGGAAUCCUGCAUCGCAGGACUCUUCAAGGAGUCGAGGACAAGAACUUUGCACAGGCAGAGUGGAAGAGGAAGGAGAACCUGAUCAAGGAGGCAAAGGAGGCGUACAAGAACCGACUGGUGCAGAAUGUUGCCGCGAUGCAGAGUGAUGUCGUUUCAGACCCGGACUCGCCGAACUUUGACCUAGAGAAGCUGAUCAACUCGUUGGAUCACUAG